AUGAAGUACAUCACUCUCACUUCGCUCGCCAUUGCUGGGGCGAUCGCCCAGCCUGCGACAACACACAAGACAAGCAGCGUCAAGGGCAAGGCCUUCGACCGGUUCAUCACCGUCUGGCUGGAAAACACGGACUACGAUAAGGCCGCCGGUGACCCAAACCUCUCGUGGUUGGCCUCGCAAGGAAUCACAUUGUCCAACUACUUUGGUGUCACCCAUCCCUCUGAGCCGAACUACUGCGCUAGCCAUGGCGGAGAUAACUUCGGCAUGGACAAUGACGACUUUAACCAGAUCGAUGGCAAUGUCUCGGCUGUGACUGCUCUUCUCGAAGAUAAGCGCAUCUCUUGGGGUUCGUACCAGGAGGACAUGCCGUACACCGGGUUCCAGGGGGAUUCCUAUGUCAACCAGGAGACGAAAGCCAACGAUUAUGUUCGCAAGCACAACCCCCCGGUCCUUUACAACCGAAAUACAGACGGCAAACGAUUGAGCUACCAGAAGAACUUCACCAUCUUCUACGAAGAUCUGAAGCACGAGAAGCUGCCUCAAUGGAUGUUCAUCACGCCAAACAUGACCAACGAUGGUCAUGAUUCUUCUGUUACCGUUGCAGGGUCUUGGGCCCGUUCCUUCCUCACGCCACUGCUGAACAACGACUACUUCAUGGAGCGCACUCUCAUCCUUCUCACCUUCGACGAAAACCACACCUAUCAACGAGCCAACAAAGUCUUCAGCAUUCUUCUCGGGGGAGCUGUGCCAAACACUGCCCGCGGCACAACGGACGACAAUUUCUACAACCACUACUCCGAGCUCUCCACUGUAGAAACCAAUUGGAACCUCCACACCCUCGGCCGCUGGGACGUAGGGGCAAACGUCUUCUCCUUCGUUGCACAAUCCACUGGGGACAUGGUCCGUCCGCACCACGCUGCUACUGGGCUCAAGCCAACGAUCUUCUAUAACUCGUCGUUCGCUGGGCCAUUCAAUGACAACUUUCAGAAGGCAGCGUACCCGGCGCCGAAUCUGAAUAUUGUAUCGCCCGAGACUGGACGCACGGUGUUGCCGGCAAUUAAGAAAGCGUGGGCGAACAGUGGGUCGAGCUCGUAUUACACCGACGACGUUGUGAUUCCGGAUGGGCAGCAUCCGCCGAAGGGUUAUAGUGUUAAUGUCAAGGGCAAUGCUUAG